AUGACUCUCUGUAAGGAUUGGAUUUCCAUUAAAGAUUACAUUGGUGAUCCAACAUAUGUCGAGGGAGUUAAUAAUUUUUUAGACUAUGCUUUUCAAAAGUUGAAAACUGAGACAAUUCGUUGUCCUUGUACCAAAUGUAUGAAUGGAGAAUCCGGUGAUCGUGAGAAAGUAAGGGAACAUCUACUUGUUUUUGGAAUAAUCAAAAGAUACACCUUCUGGUAUCAUCAUGGGGAGGGGUUGGAUGAGUCAGAAAUCGUGUCUGACGAGGAUCAUGAUGAGGGAGAAGACCAUGAUGAAAUUUUUGAUAUUCUAAGGGAUUUAUAUCCUGCGUUCAAUGAUGUUAGUCCCUCUGUUGAUGUCAAUGAUGUCGAGGAGCCAAAUGCCGACGCUAAAACUUUUUAUAACCUAUUGAAGGAUUCACAAGAUCCGGUCUAUGAAGGUGCUAAGAGUUCUACAAUGUCUGCAAUCUUGGAGCUUCUUCAUAUUAAGACUCUUGGUCAUUGGACCAAUGAGUCUUUUAGCAUGCUUCUUAAAUUUUUGAAGAAUCGGCUUUUAGCUACAGGGUCAACUUUACCAGAUUCUUACAAAGAGUCAAAAAAGAUCAUGAGAAACCUCGGACUUUCCUAUGAAAAGAUCGAUGCAUGUGUUAAUGAUUGCAUGUUAUAUUGGAAGGAGAAUGAGAAGCUAGAUGCAUGCAAUAUUUGCGGUGCAUCGAGAUGGAAAACUAACAAACACAGUGGGGAAGACAAGUGUAAGUCAAAUGGUAAAAAAAUACCUCACAAGAUAUUACGCUACUUCCCACUAAAACCGAGGCUUCAAAGAUUAUUCAUGUGUUCAAAGACUGCUUCUUUGAUGAGGUGGCAUGAUGGUAAAAAGAAGAAAGACGGUACGAUGCGACAUCCCGUUGAUGGAGCCGCGUGGCAGUCAUUUGACAAGGAGUUUCCCGAGUUUGCAUCAGAUCCUAGAAAUGUUAGGUUGGGGCUUGCCAGUGAUGGUUUUCAACCCUUUGCAAACUCGAAAACACCUUAUAGUAUUUGGCCUGUAGUACUUAUGCCAUAUAACUUACCUCCAGAUCUUUGUAUGAAGCAGUCUAAUAUACUUUUUUCGAUGCUUAUUCCUGGUCCUAAAGGACCCGGUGAUGCAAUUGACAUAUAUUUGCAACCAUUGAUCGAGGAAUUAAAAGAUCUAUGGGACACUGGUGUCGAGACCUUCGAUGCAGCAACUCAACAUCAUUUUAAUUUACGUGCAGCACUGAUGUGGACCAUUAAUGAUUUUCCAGCAUAUGCCAUGUUGUCAGGAUGGAGUACUAAGGGUUAUUUGGCAUGCCCUCGUUGCCUUAAGGAUACACGAUCAAUGAGACUAUCUCAUGGGGGCAAAGAAUGCUACAUGGAGCAUAGAUGUUAUUUGCCAAAGAACCAUAGAUGGCGGAAGGAUAAGGAUUCAUUUGACGGAAAAGUUGAGCAUGGUCUACCUCCUGAACCUUGUUCAAUUGAUGAAAUUCUUCGUCAGCUCGAGGAUCUCGAGAACAUUGUUUUGUCCAAGGAUCCACAUGUGAAGACAAAAAUAAAUCAUGAGCUUAGGGGUGAUAAUUGGAAUAAGAAAAGUAUUUUCUUUGAGCUUCCAUACUGGAGGAAACAUUUGUUACGGCACAAUUUAGAUGUAAUGCAUAUUGAGAAAAAUAUAUGUGAUAGUGUUCUUGGGACAAUUAUGAACAUCAAAGGGAAGACUAAAGACACUAUAAAAUCACGUCAUGACUUGGAAGCUAUGGGGAUAAGGCCCACAUUGCACCCAGUCAAAGAAGGGGACAAAUAUAAGAUGCCUCCAGCACCGUUUACUCUUUCUCCUGCCGAGAAGCAAAGAUUUUGUAAUUUUUUGAAAGAGUUAAAAGUACCUGACGGUUUUUCAUCGAAUAUAUCUUACUGUGUCAACACUAAGGAAGGAAAAAUUUCAGGUUUAAAGAGCCAUGAUUGCCAUGUAAUACUCGAACAUCUUCUUCCUUUGGCAAUACGUGGUCUACUCACUCCACUUGUACGCGAAGCACUGAUUGAGCUAUCAAGGUACUUUACCUUAUUAUGUGCUAAAGUACUUAAAGUGAGUGAAUUAAAGCAACUAGAGACCCAAAUUCCUAUCACUCUCUGCAAAUUAGAGAAGGUUUUUCCUCCCUCGUUCUUUGAUGUAAUGAUGUAUUUUCCAAUUCAUUUAGCCAAUGAAGCUAUGAUCGGAGGUCCUGUUCAGUUCAGAUGGAUGUAUCCUAAUGAACAAUAUAUGUAUAAGCUUAAAUCUUAUGUACGAAAUAGGGCUCAUCCAGAAGCUUCAAUUGCGGAGGGCUAUUUAGCAGAUGAGUGUAUGACCCUUUGCUCAAGGUAUAUGCAUAAUAUAGAAACAAGAUUUAAUCGCCAGGAACGAAAUUAUGAAAAUGCAAACGACAGUGAUGAAGCCUUGGAUAUUUUCAGCCAUUCUGGUAGAGGUUUAGGAGCUCCAACUGUUAUAAGUGUUCCCAGGCGUGAAAUGGAUCAAGCUCACGAUUACAUUUUGAAGAACUGCGACGAGGUUGCGCUCUUAUAUGAGAAUAAUAAGAGCAAGGAAAUGGAAAAUCUCCUCUCACUUUCACGUGGACCAACUGAAUAUGUAACAUCUUUUAGUGGUUAUGUUGUAAAUGGAUACAGAUUUCGUACACAAAACCAUGAUAAGAAUUUGAGAACACAAAAUAGUGGCGUGGUUGUCUUAGGAAAUACGGGUGAUGGAGAUGAGAACAUGGAUUAUUAUGGAGUUGUAACAGAAAUUGUAGAGAUACAAUAUCUUGGAGGAAACCGGAUUGUGCUAUUUCGGUGUAACUGGUGGGAUGUAUUUGAUAAGGUAAGAGGAAUCAAAGAAGAUGAAUAUGGAACCAUUAGUAUUAAUUGCAAUAUGCAAUUAAAAACUGAUGAACCAUUUAUCUUAGCUAGUCAGGCAAGACAAGCUUUUUAUGCCACCGAUAACAUUAACAAAGGUUGGGUUAUUGCAUCCAAGACUCAACCGCGCAACUUGUUAGAUGAUGACAGUGAUGUUGAUGAGCAAAGUGAAGCAUACCAACAGAGUGAAUUUGAUAGACCAACAUAUGUUGCAUCUUCCUCUACAAGUGCAAGCAGUGAAAUCUGUAGAAGUCGGGCUGGCAUAGAUCCCAUUAUUGUGGAAGAUAUUUCAAUCAAAAGUGGAGAACAACAAGCUCCUGUGAAGAGGAGAAGAGAGGAAUGA